GUUCGAAUUGGCCUGUUCUCUGAAAGACAGUAGAAAGACGCAGUUGCAUUUAGGAUUAGUGUGCAAGCAGAUGUGUAUUGGAAGAAUAUUUCAAGUGUUUGUGUCUUAAAGUUCAGUGACUGGUUUAUCGUUUGAUCAAGAUGUGUUACCAGGGCAAAUUCUUCUACUGCAUCCCAGUCAAGACGGCCUGCUACGUUUUGGCCAUUAUAAAUGCGAUCGUUAACGCGGUGACCUUGGGAUGUUUCAGUAUUCAGGGGGUAGUAUACCUACUAGCAGCUGUCGUCAGCUUCUGCGUCGGCGGUGGUAACAAAACAGGCGGUGAUCGUUUUAAGCGUAGCAUGGUGGUCACGGAUCAAGGCAUGUACGACUACUGGGUUCCUUUUGAGUACCUUCUUCCCUUAUGUUGGGUGUUCUCUCUUCUCACCUUCAUCUUCUCUGUACUGCUGUGCUGUGGCCUCGAUAAUUGUAAGGUGAGACAGGUGAGGGCGUAUUUCAUCUACGGCUGCAUAGUCACAGUCCUCGCGUUCUUGGCUUCCAUGGUCCAGAUCAUCGUCAAGGAAGAAUCGUUGCUUGGUCUGUGGGGGCUCAUGGGGUGUGCUCUCCACUCGCUAUUUCUCGUGCUAGUGCACUACACGCACGCCAAGAUGGCCGCCGACGCCAUGUUUACAGAUCACCGACCUCUGAACGACGAACACUCAAGGGACUCUAAGAGAGACGUAAAAUUACAUACGGUGAUCUAAACAAUCAUCAUCAUCAUUAUUUAAGCCUCCAGCACGAUAGAGUUAGACCAAGAAAUGGCUGCAGCGAUUUUGAUAACAUACGCAGUGCAAGUGUUAUUUAUACGUCAUAAUUUCAUAGAAGUUUGCACUGCGUAUGCUAUCAAAUCGCAGCAGACUUUUCUUGGUCUAACUCUAACCUUUGCUCUAACUAAAUAACAUGCUUUAAAUAUCAUUCUAAUGUCAGUGUACGUUCGAAUUGGCCUAUAUUGUAUGUCCGUUUUUCUAAGAUGAGGUACGCCAUAGUAAAUGUAUGGCGAAGUUGAUCUUAGAAAUUGG